AGGCAACUGGUGCAGCCCAUGAGACUUCCUCUGGCCUACGACGACGCUUCGACGUACACUGAAGAUCUCCAUGCCUUCGUAGAGGAUCCUCUAUUCAAGCUUUUAUCUGGCGGCAUUCACAUCCUCGACUUCUUCAUCUUAAAUCUGUGGCAGUCUCUACCACCGGAAUGGAUCACAUAUUUUAAGGCGACGGACUGCAGCGCUGUCCUGAAAGAUCUUAUCGAGGGUGGAAAUGUGCCUACUCAACCGGAUUCGCUCACGAUUUUCUUGAACCGCGUUCGGGCAUUGUCGAUACCAAGAGAUCAUGAAUCACGGGAAACAAUCAAAAUCCCAAUCGGACUCGCAGUCGGCAUGAAGCCUAAGAAGAAGCAUGAGGUAGAAUAUCUCAGCGCCAUUGUUGCUGAGCUUGCGGAGGGCAUGAACAUCAAGAAUGUCAUCGACCUCGGCGCUGGCCAGGGUUACCUGAGCAGAACGCUCGCCAACAACUACGGUCUAAACGUACUAGCGAUCGACAGCAACGAGGAUCAAACUGAUGGAGGGAAAUACUUCGAUUCCCGCGCCAAGGUGAAGAAUGGAUCCGUGCAACACUUCUCGAGGAGAAUCGAAGAUAGUGACCUCUCUGCGGCGUUUGAUGCCUGGCACCCAGAGUCAGCUACGAAAGACUGCAUCGUCAUUGGUUUACACGCAUGUGGAAGUCUAACCGAGAAUACUAUUCGGAUGCUGGUGGACAAUGAGAAUGUUCGAGCAUGUUGUGUGGUUGGCUGUUGCUACAACCUCAUUCAGACAAAAGUCGAUGGACAUGAGGAUGGUUUCCCAAUAUCAAAGAAGUUAAGUGAUCUGGGGGUGAAUUUCAACCUCACAACUCGCAUGACUGGGUACGUACUAUGCUCCAAGUGCACGAGUCUGGAGCGUGGGACUAAACCGUACUGGGCCAGAUGUCAAGCUCCUGCAACAUGGACAGAGGAAACCAGUUCGAACUUUUACCGCCGCCAUUUCUUCCGUGCGCUUUUUCAGAAGCUUAUUGUCGACAAGUGUCUAGCAGAAGCAGGGAAACCUUUGCUCAUCGGAUCGCUUCGAAAACAUUGUUAUGUCGAUUUCACUGCAUACGUUCAAGCAGCUCUCAACAAAUUGAAGAUGCCGCCGCAGUGUAUCACGGAUGAUGAGGCAAAGCAAUAUUUUGAGGAGUACAAGGACAAGGAGGAUCAAAUCAAGAUCGUAUGGACGCUCUCGGCUGUGCUUGCGCCAGUAAUUGAGAGCGUCAUCGUCAUGGACAGAUAUUGGUUUCUGAAAGAGAACAAUCUGAGUACAGCCGACAUCGUUCCCGGCUUUGAUUAUAACCUCUCCCCGAGAAACCUGAUUGUUGUCGGUGCAAAAUAAACUAGGUGUUAGACAAUAUAAUAGAAUUGAUGAAUAUGUCGCCGAAU